GCCCGCCAGGGCGCAAAUCGCCAUCGUGGUUAUGCUGCUUUGCACAUAAGUGCCGCGCCGUCGUGCCGCAUCCAGCAACGGCAAUGCCGCGCUCCAAGCCGGUCUUACGGCCGGGGACCUCGGUCCUGAAGAACAAGGCCAGCGGCGUGAAGCUGCAUGGCACUCAGGGCGGCGAGGGGUCCCGCGUGGACCUCGAGGACGCGGAGAACUGGGGGCGAGCGAGGACCCUGAUCAAGCCCGACGACCAGCUGGAGCUCAGCGAGGCGGAACUCAAGGAGGAGAUCGCCCGCGUGCUGACCAUCCGGACGCCGCAGCUGUCCGAGGGGCUGGUCAUCUGGUCGCACAAGGAUGCCGCGUUCGUGCAGCGCGCCGUGCCCGCGGCCGGCGUCCUGGUGCUGGACAUGCCGUCCACGUGCCUGCACAUCGACAGUGCCGAGGCGCGCGAGCAGGCCGCCUACCUGGGCAGCGCGGGCCGCAUCACGCUGGCCGAGACCAUGACCGUCACCAAGGCGGUGCCCAAGGCCGUCAAGAAGGAGAGCCGCAAGGGCGGCGCCGAGGACGAGGAGGAGGACGAGGAGGGCGACGGCGAGGGCGAUGGGGACGGCGACGGCGAAGGCGAGGGCGAGGGCAAGGAGCACGCCGGCAGCUUGAGUGACGGCGCCGGCGACGCUCCUGUUCAAGGGUCCGAGACGAACCUCCAGAAGGACGAGGCGGGGGACGGGCAGGCCAAAGCCGACGCCAGCACCGAGGCCAUCGAGGGGGCGGGGGAGGGCGACGAGGCCGGCGUCGAGGCCGGCGAGGGCGACGAGGCCUCCACGGCGGACGGCGAGGACGGCGCCGAGGACGGUGACGCCGCGGCCGAGGCUCUGCCCAGCCGGCCCGUCAAGAAGGUCGCCAACCAGUUCAACUUCUGCGACCGCGCCGCGCUCACCUACAACAACCCCUACAGGACGCUGAGCACGCAGACGGAGCCGCCGCCGAGAGACACGUUCUCCGAGCAGGUCAUGCAGUGGAUCAUCUACGACGCGUACGCCAAGGACUGGGAGGACAAGCAGGCCGGCAAGGAGAAGGAAGUCAAGGCGGUGCCGAAGCAGUUCGGGCGGCAGGCCGAGCGCAAGCUGGACGAGCGCACCAACCCCAACUCGUCGCUGAACCGCUCCAUCCGCGCGGCCAAGACCAUCGAGCGCAUGCUCAACCAGAACACGUCCGACGACAUCGCCAAGGACUGCCGCUACUACGAGGACGGCUCCGAUGAGUUCCGCGAGGGCGCGGGCACGCUGCUGCCGCUCUGGAAGUUCUUCUACGAGCCCACCAAGAAGUUCCACGUGACCAACAUCUGCUGGAACCCGCGCUACCAUGACAUGUUCGCCGUCACCAUGGGCUACCUGGAGUUCAUGAAGCAGUCCCCGACCGGCGCCGUGUGCGUGUUCACCAUGAAGAACCCGUCGUACCCCGAGUACGUGCUGCACACCACGUCCUCCGUGAUGACGGCCGAGUUCCACCACGAGCAGGUGAACCUGCUGGCCGUGGGGCUGUACGACGGCAGCGUGGCCGUGUACGACCUGCAGCUGUCCUCCACGCAGCAGGAGCCCGUCUUCAGGUCCGACUCGGUGCACAACAAGCACUGCGACAUGGUGUGGCAGGUGACGUGGGGCCAGGACACCCCCGACGGCGAGCUCAACCUGUACUCCGUGUCCAACGACGGCCAGGUGUUCAACUGGGUGCUGACGUCCAGCACGCUGCACCAGACCACCGUCAUCUCCCUGGUCCUGGAGCGGAGCGCGCCCGUCGCCGGCCCGGACGGGACCACCCUCACCAUCACCGGCUGCGGCACGGCGAUCGCGUUCCACCCCACCAACCCCAAAGUGUUCCUGGUGGGCACGGAGGAGGGGCAGGUGUUCAAGUGCAGCACGGAGUACACGUCCAUGUACCUGCUGUCGUACGGCGCGCACCACAUGCCCGUGCACCGCAUCCACUUCAACUACUACCUGCCUGACAUCUUCAUCACCUGCUCGGCCGACUGGCGCAUCAAGAUCUGGGAAGACGGUCGCACGGAGCCGCUGUUCGUGUUCGACCUGCACUGCUCGGUGGGGGACGUGCAGUGGGCGCCGUACUCGUCCACCGUGUUCGCGGCCGUGACCCUGGACGGCAAGGCGCACGUCUACGACCUCAACGUGAGCCGCUACCAGCCCAUCUGCGUGCAGAACAUUGUGUCCCGGAAGAAGAACCGGCUCACGCGCCUCGCCUUCAACAAGAAGCACCCGAUCAUCGUGGUCGGCGACGAACGGGGGACGGUGACAUCGCUGAAGCUGUCGCCGAACCUGCGCGUCAAGCCCAAGGCCACGAAGAAGCAGGCGCACCUGACGCCGCACGAGCUGGAGGUGCUCAAGAUGGACAAGCUGCUGGCCCUGGUCCGGGAGCCCUUCAUCCUGCAGCGGCCCGCCGACACGGACCAGCCCCCCGAGUAGGCAAGGCCGGCCAGGG